AUGCCCUACUUCACCACCGCCGAAGAAUGGCUUGAGCAGUCCAAGCUCCUGCUUGAAGCCAGACCGUCGACCACGCGCACCACCACCAAAUAUUCCAUCAAACCCGCCCGACGACCCCGCAAAGAGGCCAAACCCGACGAAGAGGCCAGACCACCCCGUGGCUCCCUCGUGUUCAAGACAUACGACCCGGCGAGCGGCGUCGUCCUCAAGUACCGCACCAGCAAGGCCGCCGAGGUUUCGCGACUCAUCCACUCGAGCCUGGGUAGACUAAGUAGGGGCAUGGCCGGUGUGCCGGAGCCGCCUGCCGAGGAGGCAAUGCCAGAUGCGCCUACCGCGACUGAUGCUGGAAACGGGGACUCGGCGGCGGCUUCACAAGCACAACCACAACAACCAGUGGGAGGUGGCGGUGGCAAGAAGAAAAAGAAGGGCAAGAAAUAG